AUGGGGUACCGCUCCACCUUCAUCGACGCAGAGGAGUGCAUUUCCUUCCUGGGGAGCGCCAGGCCCCAACGUGCCAGCAGUGCGCCGCCGGCUUGCCCAGAGAGCGGAAGCCGCGACGCGAUGCUUUGGGUUGGCAUGCUGGCCCAGCGUGCUGAGCAGCUGCACACAAUGCUGCGCUUGAAGCAGGAGCAGGCGCCGCCGCGCGAGCUGUGGUCCGAAGCGUCGGACACCGACGCGGAGGCCAGGCAGUCCAAGGAGCCGAAGACGCGUGCGGGGAGCCCGGUGAGCCCGGUGAGCCCGGUCAGCCCGGUCAGCCCGGUGAGCUCGGUGAGCUCGGUGAGCUCGGUGAAGAUGCGGGACCCGGCCCUGUGGCCGAGUGCCGGUAGCCUGGGCCACCCGGAGAUCUGCCGGCGGCCCUGCGUGUACUUCGCUGCCGGCGCUUGCAGCAACGGCGCCCAGUGCGAGUUCUGCCACCUUUUUCACGACCAGCGACCCACCCACUUGGACAAGAGGCAGCGCGAGAUGCUGAACAGCCUCCCGGAGCCCCAGCUCAUGGCGCUGCUGCUGCGCUACCUGGAGGCCCAGGCGCGCGCUCGCGGGUUCAUCUCCGAGGCUGCGGAGCUUCUUGCGCUACUGCGCCGCCAGGCAUUGGCAGCGGGCCAGCAGCUGGCUGAGCCCAAUGUGCCCGAGCGUGCGUGGCCCAAGCUUGACUACACGAUGAGGAGGAUGACCUUCCAAGCCUUGGUGGGCUUGGCGCUGAAGUCGCGCCCCAUCUCUCACGAGUUUGUGGAGCAGGUGGCAGGGGCCAUGGGCCGCAUGCGCCGCGCGCUGCUCGUGAGCUCAUGCGCUCGUGCGCGAGCCCAGGAGGAUUGA